GUUGUGAUGUUGCCUUUGGUUUGAAUAAGUCGGCAUGGCUUUAAUUAAAAGAAAUUAUUUCAUUUUGUGCCUAAUUUGUUGUUAUAUACAAUUAAAUUAUGGAGAUGAUUUAGCAGGAUCCAAAUUAAGUGUUCCCAGAGUAUUGCUUCCUCUGUUUAGGGAUUUAUCUAUCAACUUUACCUUGGAUAUCAGUGGUGGUGGCUGUUACAAAUGGUCUUCUUCAAGGCGUGAUAUAGUAGAAGUUGUACCGUUGUAUGGAUAUGCAGAGGAAUGUUCUCGCCAAGCAACGAUCACUGUUGUAACUAAAGAAUUAACUAGAAAUACAGCUAUCAUUCUUGCUAAAGAUGUAUUUACUGGUCAAAUUCUGCGGGCAGAUGUAAUUGUUGAUAAAAUAGAUUCUUUGCAAAUUGUUACAACUACACGUGAGCUUUUCAUAGAAGAACCACCUGAAAUGUUUGAAGUGAGAGCUUAUGAUGACCAAGGAAAUGAAUUCACUACUUUAGUCGGUGUGGAGUUCCAAUGGACUGUGCAUACAGUGGCACAUGCCUCCACUGGUCCGGUUAUGAAAUUGAUGACUUUCUCUGACUCACCUUAUGAAACUCCUCUCCCCGUUGCCAAUUUUGAUAGGCUCGGAAAACAUGGUCAUAUGGCUUUACUUGAGGGAAUAAGGACCGGCUCUGCCAAAGUAUCGGUAAAGCUGCCUCAUAGUGAAUAUAAACAAGUACCAGCUGUCGAUGUUCAACUGAUUGUUGUAGCUAAUCUUAUUUUGAAGCCAGCUGUUGCGUUCAUAUUACCUGGGGAUGUGAUCGAGUAUCAGUUAUAUCAGAUACGUCAAGGGAAAAUGAUAAAUAUCAAUUUUAUGGGUGCACAAUAUAGUCUACUUUCGGAAAAUGAGGAUAUCGCAGUUGUUAGCGAAAGGAAAGCCUUCGCCAAAGUCGCUGGUCAGGUGAAGAUAAUCUUACGAGACAACAAUGUGCCAGAAAGCGAUAAGAUAAUUUAUCCUUCUGCAACGCUGAACGUGGCUCUUCCUAGUUACAUGACACUGAGCCUGUUACCCUUCCAGAGUUGGUCAUUGACCAUUAAUCAGAAUGCAACAAUAGUUCCACAACUUUUUACUAGCAAUGGGCAGAAAUUUUAUAUUGGAGAAAAUGCUGAAAUCCGUACUUCUGUUCCAAAAGAGAAUUUUCAUGUGCAGAACGUGAUAAGGAACGGCUCAGUUAUAGGAAAGACCAUAAGAAUCGGUUCCGGACACGUCACCUCUGCCUUGUAUGGUGUCAAUGACCCAAAUAUAAAUCAACCUCUCAAACUUCAGACCUCCGCCACCCUUGAAGUGUUUCCUGACCUUGGCAUAACACCGGGGCUUUAUGUUGCUCCAUGGAUCGACAGCGACUUCCCUGCAUUGUCAUCUCACAAAUUGACUGCAUUCGGAGGAGAUGGAGAUUAUGAGUGGAAUUCGGAAAAUAAAGCUGUAGUAGAAGUGAAUCAAGAUGGUCUUUUGAAAUUUAAUGGGCUUGGUCAAACGCUUGUAAAUGUUUGUAUGCGAAAAAAUAAGCUCAUAAAGGCUUCGAGUAGAAUUUAUGUUCUUGAACCUCACAGUUUGAGUGUAUUUUCUGAAUACAGUGAAGUACCCGUCGGAGGAGAAGUUGUGUUGCACAUUUCACUGUUUGGUAAAGUGACGAUCGGUAGCACUACUAGAUUGAAGGCGUUUGAUUAUUGUCAGCAUUUGGAGUUCAUCGUUUCUCCUCAAGAUCCAUUUUAUAAAAUCGAGAAAGCUGUAAAUAAUUCGCUUGGUUGUGCUGCAAGAGUGGUUAAAAGCAGGUCAGUUGGAGAGGCUGAAGUAGUUGUCAAACUCAGGCUCCCCACAGUGACAUUAGAAGGCUCGUUACGCAUCAGAUCACACCCACCGUUAGUGUCUAUUCAGCCGAUUUCGAAGCAGGUCUUGCUGGCCCUUGGGUCAUCGUACCAUGUGGUAUUUUCUGGAGGACCUUCCCCAUCUUUUGGACCAUAUUCUACUCAUUUAACUAUUACAAAUGACAAAAUUUCUGCAUCUAAAGUACACGAAAGACCUGGACUCUAUGUUUACAGUGUUACUUGCCUACAGAUAGGCUCUAGUGAUGUCAAUAUUUUUGUAAAAACUAUGCCGCUGAUUAAAUAUAGCAAAAGUGUAGAAAGUGUUUACAGAGUAAAAGUUUUUUGUAAACUUCCUAAAAGCUUAAAUGUAAUCAGAAACUACAAUACAGGGUGCCCUGAUGUUAUACAAGACAAAAUUAUUGCGUAUCCUUCAAGCAAAACUAAAUUUAGUAUUAAAAUAAUGGAUGAUCUUGGCAACUCUUUCGACAAUGCUACAAGUUUAUUGUAUGAUUGGAAUUUUCUUAAUCAAACUAUGGCUACCUUUCAAGAACCUAACAAAGUUUAUCUUGAUGAAGUCGAGUAUGAUUUCUACAAGCGUCCUUUGACUCAUUAUAUAGUAGUCAUUACUAAUAAUAAUACCGGAGAGGUAUUAGGAAAGGGAAUGGCAUUCAAUUAUAGGAAGGAAGCCCUGACUCAAUACAAUUUGAACAGGGAGGAUUGGUCAAUACAUGGCAAAGUAGUCACUCACUUUGCUUUAUCUGUUGCUUCGGAACCAUUCAUUGAAACAAGUUUCAUGUCGAUAUUUAAUCAUCCUUUAAAUAUGGUCAAUUUAUUGAUAACAGGUGGAUCGGGACAUUUUCAAUUUGAAGUCAAACCGCGGUCUAUAGUUGAUGUACGAUACGUUCAUCAGAAGAAGAUGGCUGAAAUUCAUCCCUUAAAUGAGGGUACUUGUGAAAUCACAAUUGCUGAUAGAUGUUUACCUCCAUUCUUCAACAUGUCCAUAGAUGUCAAGGUGAUAAAUGUAGCUUAUCUCCAAAUUGAAACUGCCUCAAAGAUUCAAGAAGGACAACAGAAGAAGGUUACCGUAAAGGUGUUUGAUAAGGAGGAAUAUCCAUUGGCAUUUCCUGUGUUUAGUGUCGAAAAGAUGGGAAUGGUCAUGGAAUGUUCAGAUACGAGCAUUGCCGAUUUUGAUAAAACUGAAAAGGUCUCAAUGGAUAGUAACAAAGGCAUAAUUAACUUUAUACUUAAGGCAAAGAAAAUUGGCGAGGUUACCAUAUGGGCGAGGUGGUUUAACAUCACUAGCAAUGUCCUCAACAUCCAGGUUUUUCCCAGGGUGAAGAUCAACCCCAGAAACUUAACCUUGGUCGUCGGCUCAGAGAUCCAAAUAGAUAUCAUUGGAGGACCUUCCAUUGAUUCUGCAUUGCAGUACAUGACAGCUGAUUCAUUUAUAUCUACUGUAUCACCUGAUGCUGUUGUGAAAGGAUUGCGACCUGGUCGAACUUCUCUCACUGCCAUAGCUGUUGGGCAUCAGGGAGAAGUUUACAGUAAGGAUACCGUAGAAGUAAAUGUUGUUACAUUGGCAGGUGUUUAUAUUGUAGCACCUAUUACUAAUCUUGGUGUCGGCAACAUGAUGCCUAUGUGGGCCUGCGGCUUACCUCAUACCAUUUCACCAUUAUUGCUUGGUUCUAUAUCGCCUCCAUUACAAUUUAAGUGGUCUACAUCAGUACCUAACAUCGUCAUGAUAAAAGAUGUGUUCUAUAACACAAAUAUACAGAUAGGAAAUGAAAACAAGCUUUCAGUUCGCAUUUUGGGCCUAAAGCCUGGACAAACAAGUAUUGAACUUUCAGUGACAGGUAGAGGUUUCGAUAAGAACAUUUUCACUUUCAACAGUUCUUUCCGAGUGGACGUUGUUAGCAGGCUGGAGUGGAUGAGGCCAAAUAUAGGUUUUCCGUUCAUGCUGAUGGCACCCAACACUAACUACCAACUGAAGACAAAUCUAGUGGAAAAAGAAGUGAAGUAUCGCAUAAGUACGAUGAGGAUAUUACCUGAAACUGUCUUGGGCGACAACAAUGUAGUACAGAUUUCUUCUGAGGGUAUUCUUACAUCAGGUAGCAAUUUUGGAACAGCGGUUAUUUCUGCCAGAUCUUCAGAAUUUAUCUCCGGCUCUGAUGAGAUUCACUUGAUGGUCAAGAUCAGGCCUGUUCAUUAUUUAAUGAUAAAUGUCGAUACUCCUCUUGAGACUUCAGAAGAUGUCAAGUCGCUUCCACGUGGGCUGUACUUAAACAUCAACAUAACUUAUCAUGAUAAAUAUGGUUCUGUAUUUUUUGUGGCACCAUUUUCAAAACCUGUUCAUAGUUGCAGCGUCUGUUCAAAGGUUCAUAUUGAGUAUUUAGAAUCAAAUCAUAGUUUGGUUACAAGUUUAACCAGCAUUGGUAGUGUAAUCUUGAAAUUCAAAGACGUGAUGUAUGGUAGGCAAAUUGAGAUGGAAGAUUAUGUUAAGAUACCAGUUGACAAUUACAUUUCACCAAAUCGGAAUUUUAUGACAGUUGGUGAAAUAAUUUGUUUUUCGACACCUCUAAUAACUGACAAAGGUGUUUGGUCUGCUGACAACAAUCCGAUAUCAAUUAGCAAAUAUGGUGUUGCUAAGGCAGUGAGGCCUGGUCCGGCCGUUAUUACUUUCUCUUUGUCAUAUCCAGAACCUCGCAUAUUGUCAUCUACUGUAGUGGAAGUUUUACCCCUUCAAUCAUUCCUAUUUGGAUCUAUGUCUCGAAAAAUGAUUACUAAUAGCAUAAAUGUCGUAUAUUUGGUGCCUGUAUUCUUGAUUAAUGAAAAACAGAAAAAGCAUGAAUAUUAUUCUAAGAAUUGUCGAAAUCAACAUGUUGACAUAGACAUUUAUCCAUUUUCUUGUGAGCUACACUAUACAUCUUCGUCUAAACUUUAUCCAGUAGAGAAUAUAUUUAGUGUUAAAGCUGACUUUAAUAUUACAAUGGGUUCCUACGCCUGUGUGAUAACACCUAUCAAAGGCGCAGCUAAGGACAUCAGCAAGAUCGAGAGCAAUAUUACUUUGACCGUGACUAACCAAAAGUCAUUGUAUGAGACUUUAUUGAUUUAUUUCUAUCCUCAGUUUAAUCUUGAUAACAAUCGUGUGACCAUCACCAAAAGACUUCGAACGGUAUUUAUUGAAGUUUCUGGGAUACCAGCUGUACUCAAGGAUUUAUUUGCUAUCGCAAGUGAUCCUGAAGUGAUUUCAGUCGGUGAUCCAUUUUUGAGUGAUGACAAUGUGCUGAGUAUACCGAUAAUACCUCAGGUAUUCGCUGCUGGCGUUCCAGAAAUCUACAUUACAGUAUCAUCAAAGUUGACUUCGCAAGAGGAAAGAGUCCAGGUUGUGUUCACUGACACCGCAGAACCAGAAAGCUUUCUGCGCUCAUUAAUAAAUGUUAUAUACCACAUCGUUAUGGCUAUCUUUGAGGGUCUUAUUUUCUACCAUCCUAUAAACAGCUUCAUGGUUUAUUCUCUGAUUCUCUGCAUCGUCGUGUAUUAUUUUGCUUCGUUUUUGAUGCUAAAGAAUGACUAUGCAGAAACUCCAUCAAGACCAGCACAUUUGAUGUCACCCAAAUCCUUCAGAAGGGUAACUACAACCAGUAGAUUUAACAGGCCGCGCCCGAUGCCUGGAUCGGCACCAAGUGUUUUUUUGACAGACAGCCACUUGCUACAUCAAGAAAGCAACCACAGCUUCUAAACACUUCGUAGCCAGAAGGCUAUUACGGACCGAUGCCACUGUACUUACUACCUCGACUGAUAGCUAAUUUUGCUCUAAUUUUGUUGAGUACUUCUGAUAUUAAGUUUAAAGUUUUUAAGAUGUUGAAAAAGAAAGGAGUCUUUUAUUGUGUGUAUAUAAGUUUCAUGUGCUCACUCAAUUUGUCUAAAAAAUUGCUCUUUUAUAACUGGGAAAAUAUUUUAAUUUGUUGAAAAUUAAUUAUAAAUUAACCACAUUUACAUAACUUAAAACUAAAUUAAUGAUGUUCUCUCGUUUUUAAAGUGGUCUUCCAAGGUAAAAUCGAACAUGCCAUAAAAAAAAUAUUUUUGUAAAACUUAUAUUGCACAUAGUUCAGUUUGUAAAUAUGUAUUUAUAUAUUAUGAGCUAGUUUGAAUUCCCUUAAUAUUCAGUGCUUAUUGCCCUGAAAAGUAUACAUACUCUACCAUUUUUUAAAUUUAAUUUAAUUUUAUUUUCUUCUUUGGCUUUGUAAUAUUUGAUAAAAUUGUGAAGUUGUCUAUUGCAGACAACUAACUAUAUAACUUGUCUAUGUUAGAUCGAUGUACUACAUGGUGUAGGUAACUAUGUUAGAAAUAAUUUGUAUAAAGUUUGUUUUAGCUUUAAAAAUUUGUUUUUAACUAAGGAUUGAAUGUAAAAGUAUUAAUUCAUCUUAAAUAUGUUAAUUUCUUUCUUCAAAUUUGUUUAUUAUAAAAAAAAAUUAAAAUUUGUUUAGUCUUUUCUAGUUUUAAAGAUAUUAUAUAUCUGAUAUUAUUUAUUGAAUAAGAUGGUUUACGAGACAAUUUUUUUUCAUUAUAAAAAGAAAUACGAUAUAUUCACUACCACUGAAGACUGAAGUGUAGAGCAAUAAACUUAAUGCUGUAGUGUUUUAUUUUAAUUGUUUAAUGUCGUUAUUUAUAAAUAUUCCUUUCCAUUAUUACUGAAAACUAUAAGUUACCUGUUUUAAAAAUAUUUGAUAUGACUAUCUGAAAUUGUGCAAUGUCCAGAUGAUUUUUUUUCUAUGUGUGCGUAUGUGUGUACAUUUUAUUGUAUCUGUGACUGUAUUUAUUUGUACAAAGAGUGUGAUUUUGUAUUUGUACAGUGAUUAUUUUUAUUUUUUGAAAUGUGUAAACGUUUACAUGAUUUGAUAUUAGACUUAAAAUCAUUUCUUUGUAACAAUUUCUUAAUAAACAUGUUAAUAAUUU